AGAGAAAAUAAGUCGAAGGGAGACUUUUACUUGCUGCGAGAGGCCUUUUAUUAUUUCUGGAAUUGUGAAGUGGAUCUGGGAUUCAAAACAAGCAUGGCUUGCUCCAUCAUGUUCCUGUUUGUGCAAUGUGUUCUACUUAUGUUACGACCGCUACAUGUCGCAGCAGAAAAAGCUGAUCAAAAUACAGUGGCUUCUCUCAUGGCACUGAAAGUUGCAGUAAACGACCCAUUUUUGGCUUUGCAGAGCUGGAAUGAGACCUCCCGUCAUUUCUGCAACUGGACGGGUGUUGAGUGCCGCGCUUUCACUCACCGGGUUGAUGUUGUUGCAAUCGAUCUCAAAAAUAUCAGUUUGGGAGGUUUUAUCCCCCCUCAGAUUGCCAAUCUCUCCUCCCUUCGAUUCCUCGACCUCUCCCACAACAGCUUUAGCGGCCAUAUUCCCCCUGAGAUUGCUUCUCUCUCAUCCCUCCGAUUCCUCGACCUCUCCCACAACAGUUUUAGCAGCCAUAUUCCCCCAGCACUUGGUCGCCUGCGGAAACUGAAGGAGCUUUAUCUUUCCAGAAAUAAUCUGACGGGAAGCAUUCCGUCCGAGUUUGGAAAUUUAGGGGGACUGGAAAUUCUGUCCUCCUACGCCAACAACCACAGCGGCAGCAUCCCUGAGGAGCUGGGAAACUGUUCUAUGCUACGAAAGAUAGAUCUUUCCGAAAACCAGCUGACCGGAACGCUUGGUCGGCCAAUGGGAAUGCUCUCUCGCCUCGUGCACAUCGAUCUUGCUUUUAAUUAUCUGACCGGACCCGUCCCGCCUUCUCUCUUCAACUGUACAGCCCUGCGGAACUUGUCGUUGAGCUUCAAUAGAUUUUCCGGUCCGAUACCUUCAGAUAUUGGCCGGCUUCCUCACUUGGAUUGGAUACUCCUGGCCAGGAAUAGUCUCCGCGGCAGCGUCCCCAAAUCGCUGGCAAAUUGUUCACGCCUUUAUCUUAUGGAGUUCGCGUCUAACAAGCUUGGUGGAAUUAUUCCACAAGAAUUAGGGAAGCUUUCAAGGCUCAGGGUCCUCAUCAUGCAAUUAAAUGAGUUUGUCAGCGGUACAACCUCUGGACCGAUGCCAAUAUUGCAAGCGCUUUCCAACUGCUCAAAGCUACAAAAGCUUGAUUUCUCCAACAAUCAUCUCACGGGUACUUUGCCUGCAACGAUAUUCAGUAAGCUUUCCGCUACUCUUUAUUUCCUAAAUGUAGAAAAGAACAAUAUUAGGGGUAGCAUACCCAAAGAAAUCGGCAAUCUUUCCUCCGUGACUCAGCUAUACAUGAACAGAAACUCCUUUGUAGGUACCAUCCCUUCCGAGAUCGCAAAUCUGCUUAAUCUGGUUGCCAUAGAUCUCAGACAAAAUAAAUUGCAGGGAAGCAUUCCUGCAGAAGUCCAGCUUUUAAAUCAACGCCUUGUAUAUAUGUAUCUUGAUGACAAUAUGUUGUCGGGGUCGAUCCCAGAAAGCAUAGGCAAACUCAACAACCUCAGAGAACUGACAUUGAGCAGGAACAGACUUGAAGGCAGGAUACCUCCAGAAAUCUCACAGUGUAAGCUUCUCGAGGAUCUCCAACUCUGUUGUAACAAUCUUUCUGGCCCUAUCCCUUCAGAAAUUGCUAACCUCCGGAAUUUGUAUUCUAGUUUAGAUUUAUCACGCAACGCAUUGACAGGGCCCAUGCCUGCCGUUAUAGGAGGAAUGCAAAUGAUACAAUGGGUAGAUCUGUCAGUGAAUAAGCUAUCCGGGGCCAUACCUGCCCAAAUUACAGGCUUAGUAGGCUUGCAGUACCUGAAUCUCUCUUACAAUAAUCUGGAGGGCGUCCUUCCAUCAGCAAUCGGCCAGAAACUAUCAAUCCUUGAAGAACUGGAUUUGUCGCACAACAAUAUAACAGGCCCAGUUCCUGCCUCCAUCUCCAAUCUUGAAAUGUUUGAAUUCUUGGAUUUGUCGUAUAAUAAUUUCAUAGGUCAAGUCCCCUGCACAGGCGCUGUCAAGAAGAUGAACAAGACAUCCUUUCUUGGAAAUCCAGGGCUGUGCGGUAAUUGUUCGGGAUUGCCGGCCUGUUCAUCCACUACAAGCAAACACCAGAAGAAAAACAAAGCAAUACUGAUCGGUGGAUCAGUAGGUGUUGUUGGAGCACUAAUUUUCACAGGGGUUACGCUCUGCAUAAUAUGGUACUGCCAUCCGAAAAGGCGAUUUCAAACAACUUCUGUAAAAACAGCAGGCAAUCUGAGGAUUUCUAUGGAAGAACUCAAGAGAGCAACCGGAGACUACAGCCACGAAAACUUAAUCGGAGGCGGCAGCUAUGGUAGUGUUUACAGAGGGGUUCUAUCGAGCGGGGAGUGCGUGGCCAUAAAGGUGUUCAGGGUUUCCAAUUCGGAAAGGGCAGAGAGAAGCUUCAUCAGAGAAUGCAAGACCCUGGGGAAAGUCCGGCACCGGAAUCUGGUAAAGAUAAUAACGGCGUGCUCUUCAUCAGACUUCAAGGCUCUGGUGCUGCCAUUAAUGGCCAACGGAAGCCUGGAUCGGCAUUUGCAAGGGGACCAACGGCUGAGCUUGCAGAGACGGUUGAGUAUUUUGUGUGACGUGGCGCAGGCUCUGCGUUACUUGCAUCACGACUGUUCACCUCAAAUCGUGCACUGUGAUCUGAAGCCGCAGAAUGUGCUGUUGGACGAGGACAUGACUGCUCACGUGGCAGAUUUCGGAAUUGCUCGGCUCUUCAGUCCGACCGAUGACUCGGCCAGCACAACGUCGGUACUGAGAGGAACCGUGGGCUACAUCCCGCCAGAAUAUGGAUUUGGGGGGGAGAUUUCAACAAAAGGAGAUGUAUAUAGCUAUGGAAUUUUAAUGUUGGAGGUGCUUACUCAAAAACAACCAACCGAUGACAUGUUUACAAGUGGAUUAACUUUGUCUCAAUGGGUUUCAACAGCUCUUCCAAGUAUGCUAGAAAAUUGCAUUCAAGUCAUUCCCUUAGAUGAUAUGCAUGAUAGAGAUGAAGAAGGUCAAGAUGCAUUGAAAGAUUUUACACUAGAAGGUCUCAUACAACUUGGUUUGCAAUGUACUAAUCAAAUUCCUAAUAAUCGACCAAGUAUGCAACAAGUGGAAAACACACUAGCAAAGAUGUCACAUUCAAUUCAUCAUAAUCAUUGCAUCAUACCAGACAUUCAAACGCUAUUAGCUAUUGUUGAUAACCCAAAUGCUAUUGACACUACAAGCUCCUCUACAUGAAAAUAGUUAUAUUCCAAAGAAUUUUAGAAAAUAUAAUUUGUAUUUUUACCAAAUUAUUAAUUAGAUUGUAAGUGGAUAAUAUCAAAAAUAUAUUUUUAUACCGAGUGAAGUCUAC